CGGCGUGCUUUCUAGCAUUUUUCUAAUACAAGAUAUCAUACAGAUUUUCUCCAUCACGAUCUCUCUUCGAGAAAAAACUAGUCUUGGCAUAGGUCAUCACUCUCUAGUCCAAAACCGGAGCUGUCUAGAUCUCAUCAUAGUCACCAUCUUUGUAACGAUAUUCCAGCAGUGUCUCCCUUGUAAGUUGUUAUAUUAGCUUUCUCAUGUAUUCUCGUUGCUUCUGCUAUGUCGAUUGUUAGUUUCCAAGUUAUGUUGCAAUAUGUAUUCUGGGUUUGGUUGGUUUCCUGAAUGAUCAGUCUGUGAAGACCGUAAAAAUGGGCAUUUCUUUCUGAUCUGAAAACUGAAUUGUUGUGAGUCUUCGGUUCUAUAUCGCUAAAGAAGAAAUAACCGAGAAUUUUGCUGUUCUGGAUCACUGUUUUCUGGUUUUGGUUGCCUUUGUAGUUCCUUGCAAAUAGAACACUCGGUCGGUAUAUUGAUAAGCGAUAGUGAUCCUAAGAGCAGUGGGUGAACAUAAUCCCAUGGAAACUUGACUCUUUUGUGCAUAUGGAUUUGAAUUCGGGUAUAGAAUGGGUUUUCUGUGAAUUUUAUAUUCUGCACUAAUUGUCAUGAAGAUAUUUUGGACAAUCCAUUGGUGCUUCAAUUUAGCGUACUUCUUGAUUUGGGAAUACCUAUUUUGUACUGAAGUUGUUGAAGAGCGAGUAAUGACUAAUUUGGAAUGGUAGCAUUAGUCUGGAUUGAGAUGUGGAUCUUUUAGAUGUGGUUUGUAAAUAACAAUCAUCUGGUGGGAUGACAUAGACAAGGAGCUGUGUAUUGGAACAAGAGCCGCUUCAUUUUUUUUCAAGGGUGUAGAUAUUUUGCAUGAGAGACGAAGAUGCAACAUGUCCGAUUGUCUUCCCAGCAGGCACCUGUACACAAACUAGGGGAUUCCCAAAUAACAUUAUCACCAAAAUUUAGGUUAGCAGUAAUCCAUUCUUCCUUGUUAAGUCCUUCAACAGAUAUAGAGUUAAUGCUCAAGGGAGAACCCCUCAUUCCAGGCCUCCCUGAUGAUCUUGCCUUCAACUGUCUUCUCCGUCUUCCAGUCCAGAGCCAUGCAGCCUGCAAAGUUGUCUGCAAGCGAUGGCAUCUAUUGCUUGGUAGUAAAGAACGGUUUUUCACCCGAAGAAAUGAACUAGGCUUCAAAGACCCUUGGCUCUUUGUCUUUGCUUUCCACAGGUGCACUGGGAAGAUUCAGUGGCAAGUUCUUGAUCUUACUCAUUUCUCUUGGCACUCUAUCCCAGCAAUGCCCUGCAAGGACAAGGUUUAUCCCCAUGGAUUUAGGUGUGUUUCCAUCCCCCAUGAGGGUGUCUUCUUUGUGUGUGGGGGUAUGGUUUCUGAUGUUGAUUGCCCCCUUGACUUGGUUCUGAAAUAUGAGAUGCAGAAGAACCGUUGGACUGUGAUGAAUCAGAUGAUGACUGCUAGAUCAUUUUUUGCAAGCGGACUGAUUGAUGGAAUGAUUUAUGUGGCUGGAGGAAACAGCACAGAUCUUUCUGAGCUUGACUCAGCUGAGGUUAUGGAUCCCGUUAAGGGAAUUUGGCAUCCCAUUGCAAGCAUGGGAACCAAUAUGGCCUCUUAUGAUGCAGCAGUUCUAAACGGGAAACUUCUUGUGACAGAAGGCUGGUUAUGGCCUUUCUAUGUCUCUCCCAGGGGUCAGGUUUAUGACCCUAGAACAAAUAACUGGGAGAGUAUGGCUGUUGGGCUGAGAGAAGGCUGGACUGGUUCAAGUGUGGUUGUUUUUGGGCACUUGUUUGUGGUUUCAGAUCUUGAAAGGAUGAAACUGAAGGUUUAUGAUGCGGAUACUGAUUCAUGGGAAACAAUAGAAGGGCCUCCUUUACCAGAGCAAAUAUGCAAACCUUUUGCUGUGAAUGUGAAUGAUUGCAGAAUCUAUGUUGUGGGUCGGAACCUUUAUGUUGCUGUGGGUAGUAUCUCAAGGCUCAACCAAAAAGGCACUCACAAUAAAAAGUGGAGGUUUUUUGUUCAAUGGAAGGUUGUGGAGGCACCUGAAAGUUUCUCUGACUUGACACCUUCAAGCUCUCAGGUUCUGUUUGCCUAGCUUUCAAUUUUCUGUGAUAUUGUGUUUUAUAUGUUGCUCAGUAAAUUGUAAUUUAUAUGCGAGUAUAAAAGAUGUAGAAUGGAAAUGGCUGUUCUCUAAAGUCUCCCAAAUUGUUUCUGUCAUGAAUGUAUCAACUAUGUGAUUUGAUUGUGUUUAUCUAUUUAACUAGUGUUUGCUUUGAUUUAAA